GGUCGUGAAGGAUGAAUGGCAGCACUAUGCCGUCUCCACGCAUGCGUAUUGCGCCCGCUCUCGCUGAGUGCGCACGCGCGGACUGUCAAUCGCCGGCAGAAGAUGGCGGCGGUCGUUUUGAACCGUUCGCUGAGGGCUGCACGUCUCGUUGUCCCUCGGCCUCAGAGUUACUGCACGGCUCCGGGUUCUGGUUCCACAUAUCCGGGGAUUGUUGAGUCGACGGAGGAAUUCCAUUUUGUGGAGAGAUUGAUUCCACCCACCACCGUGCCAGUUCCUCCGAAACACGACCGUUACCCCACCCCAUCGGGAUGGUGUCCACCUCGAGAUCCACCCCCUGACCUGCCAUAUAUGAUCCGGCGUUCCCGCAUGCACAACCUCCCAGUUUAUACGGACAUCACGCACGGCAACAGAAAGACGACGGUCAUUCGGAAGAUAGAGGGCGACAUUUGGACACUCGACAAGGACGUGAAGGAAUACCUCGUGCAGCUGACGGGCAAGACGCCGCUCACACAGGUCAACGAGGUGACAAUGAGUCUGCGGGUGAAAGGUUACUUUGACAAAGAGCUGAAAUCGUGGCUGCUGGAGAAGGGGUUCUGAGUUUUGUGAAUGGAUGUUAAACAGCGUGCUGAGAUUGUUUGAUUAAAACAGAAAUCUACAGUAGAAAAUCUCCUGUUUUCACAUUAUAAGAAACAUAUCUCUUGUGAAUGCACACCAGCCCAGUAAAGUAGAGGUCAGUGUGAACAGCGGAGCGACUCAUCAGCUUGGACGGUAUAUUGAUCUACUCGUCUCUCUGAGAUCAUCCAUCAUGAUUCCAACAUCUUUUGUGUCUCCAUUAAACCGACAACUUGCUCUGGU